GUUAAAAUUUCAUUUAUUUCAUCACUUAAUUACUUUAAACAUUCGCCUGGCGACUAAAAUAUUAUUAAAUUUGUUUCCGCGUUGUUUUUAUUGUUUAAUAGUAGCCAAUCGUUUAGGUGGGGAGGUAAAAAAAGGCGAGUGUCCUAGAUAAUUAAGCAGUGAGUCGUUGGAGAGGUAACGAUAGAACCAGUAUGACAUUGUCAGGUUAUUAAUAAGUUGGCAGGUAACCCGACGUCUUCUUUUCUCUCUCUCGUCCUGUACGUCAUUUCCUACUACUAUUAUGGGCUGCCCUAUACACAGCACAACAAACAUUUCCCCGUAAGUCUACUUCUUGCCAAUUAUGUGCAUUUGUUGUCUCCAGCAAUCAUUGUUCACCACCUGAAAUUGGGGAGAAGUGUGGACACUGCUAGUUUUUAUUCCGUGCCAACCAGUUAAAGGAUUAUAUCUGCUACCACCCACACAGAACACGUUCCAUUUCUCACUGUUGACUAUCGAUGAAAUGAGAAACCAUUUUUGAAAAACUGCCGAUCGCACUAACUAGAACCUUCUUAUCUCCAUCAACUACAGUUCAGUCUUUUAUUAUUAUUUUCUUAAUUUUCCAUUCUCUCUUUGUGUGUAUAUAUAAUCACAUAUAAACAUAUAGACGGCACACAUUACACCGCACCGCGUGUUACUAUCACUGUAGUCGUAAGGUGCCCCCGCCGCCAACGACAACACGGACACACGACCAACGUCUAAACAUUUCCACCUCUCUAGUGGACUUUAGUGUCUGUCUGUCUGUUUGUCUCUCUGUGUAUGUAAUGUACAUAAAUAUAUAUAUACAUGCUAGCUUCCUCCGUCACUUAUUGCCAGGCAAAGAGUGGAAGCUGUUGUUUCCUUGUUAAAUCUAAAACGGUGGUGGUGGUGCGUUUAGAGGAGACGAAAACAGCCGCGUUAUAAUCCUACGCUUGCUAAUGUUGUCUGUGACAACGAGCUGUUUAAACUAUCACAAAACACCCCAGUCAACAAACAACAGCUGAAUCAACCAUUAACCACAACCGCAGUGUGGGGGAAGUAUUAAUGAUAUAGAGAGGAGGAAGAACAAGGAGAGAAAGUAACAGCAGAGAAAGCGGAAGAAAAUACAAGAAGGAAAAGCCACACAUUAUCCGAGGACAUAAAUAUCGAUAUAUAUAUAUAUAUAUAUAUAGAAAGAGAGAUUAUAUAAUAUAUAUAUAUAUCUACAGAAAUAUAUAUUUUAUAUUUAUUAAGCUUUGAAGAAACAUCAACUAUUUUGAACUUGGUGAAAUUAGUGGAGAACAGCGAUUAUUUUUUCUACAUCUCUAUACCUUCGUCUUCGUAAUCACAAUUGGCCGUUGUGUGAAUCUUUAUGAGUAGGAAGUAAUCGCAAUAGUAGCACCACAUACACACUACCAGCACCAGUUCCAACAACGUCUCAGAAAAAAAAAGGAAAUUAAAUAAAUAUAUAUAUAUGUGAAAACAAUUGCUGCACCCCGGAGGGAGAGGUAAUAUAAACCAACCCCGAAUGAGAUCCUCAUAUCCAAAACCUUGAAUGACUCUGGCAUCAGAAUGUGACAAGGUACAAACUUGGAUCUAUCGGCCGAGAUAAGUACAUCAUAUAUAAUAUAUAUAUAUAUAUUAUAUAUAUAUUGAUAGCUAGUUUUGUUGAGAGAGGAUUUAAUCGAUCAGUUUCGACAUAGCUAAACAUUAGAGCGAGAGUGGAAAUCGAUCUAACCUAAAAGCGAGACCUACCCAUACCUAUUACACACUCUGCUUCUCUAAUCACCUCUAUUACUCUCGUCUUUCAUCUGGCAUAUGUAGUUUAGUUUUAUUAGUUCGAAUCACGACUCUAAUCAGUUUCUUUUUUUUUUUUACACUCCCUGUGUGAGUGAAAAAGAAAAAUCUAGUAAAUUUUCGUUGUCGGUAAAUACCGUCCAUUAUUAACCCUGAAGACUUCAAGUGGACACCAGAGCUGAUCAGUGGUUCAAAAAUGAAGAAAAAACCCAACCUUACACUACCUCCUUCCGUAGCGGAGCCCCAGAAUGACUGUUCUAAUGAUAAAAAUACGACUGGCAUGGGUGCCAGUGUGGAGGAACUUCAACAAGGCAUUAUGGAGUUAGAUCUAGAUGAAAAACAGCGGAAACGCUUGGAAGAAUUUCUGAGGAAGAAGCAGCAAAUUGGAGAGUUGACAAUUGAUGACAUUGACAAAAUUGGGGAACUUGGUUCUGGCAAUGGAGGUGUGGUCCUGAAAGUGCGACACAAAUCAACAAAUCUGUUGAUGGCUCAUAAGCUAAUUCAUUUAGAAGUGAAACCCUCAGUACGGAAUCAGAUAUUUCGAGAACUCAAAGUACUUCAUGAGUGUAACUCACCGUAUAUAGUUGGCUUUUAUACGGCUUUCUUCUGUGAUGGUGAAAUCAAUAUAUGCAUGGAAUAUAUGGAUGGUGGUUCCUUGGAUUUGAUACUUAAAAAGGCAGGCAGAAUUCCUGAGCCAAUUUUAGGGAAAAUAACUAUAGCUGUUAUGAAAGGUUUGAAUUAUCUGCGUGAAAAACACCAAAUCAUGCAUCGAGAUGUGAAACCUUCCAACAUUCUUGUCAACUCCCAAGGGGAGAUAAAGAUCUGUGAUUUUGGUGUCAGCGGCCAACUAAUUGAUUCUAUGGCAAAUUCUUUUGUGGGAACCCGAUCAUACAUGUCUCCUGAACGGUUACAAGGAACUCAAUACACAGUCCAGUCUGACAUUUGGAGUGUCGGCCUAUCACUAGUAGAGAUGGCCAUUGGGCGAUAUCCCAUUCCCCCACCAGACCCUGAACACUUGGAAAGCAUAUUUGGUGAUAACUGCAUGGAAGAACAUCGGGAAGCUGCAAUGACAGGAAAACCCUUAAAAGAUAGCCGAAGUAACGUUAGCUUCCAAAGUCCACCAGGCAGUGACGGGCCUCGUCCGAUGGCCAUUUUUGAGUUGUUAGAUUAUAUCGUAAAUGAGCCACCACCUUCGUUACCAAAAGGAAAAUUUUCUCCAGAAUUCAUAGAUUUUGUGGAUAGAUGCUUGAAGAAAAAUCCAUCAGAAAGGGCAGAUUUACAGUCACUGAAGGACCAUCCAUUUGUGAGGAAAGCCGAGGCAGAACCUAUUGAUGUCGGAUAUUGGUUAUGUAAAGUAAUGGGUAUGGAUCCGGAACAACAAGGCUGAAGGCUGUUUUGAUUUCUUCUUCUCUCCCCUCUCUCUCUUCUUGGGCAAGGAUGGAACUGAAUGCAGCAGCAGCAACAGCAGGGUCUAGUGUUGACUGUAGCAGCAGCAGCAGCAGCAGCAGCAGCAGCAGCAGCAGUGACAGCGGUGGUGGUAGUGGUAGAUAUCAUAGUUAAAAGUUAUAGUCAUAGUAGAAAGAAGUAUUAGUAGCAGCUAUCAUGAUGAUGAUGAUGAUGAUGGUGGUAGUGGUUGUGGGGGGGGAUCAGUGAAAGGUAAGGAUGAGCAAUAUGGAAACUACAACAACAACAAUAACAACAACUCCUGAAACUGUGUGGUAAACCACUCAGGAAUUCCUAAUGGUUUUGUGGUUGGGGGGGGGGGUGCAGCAGGUCACAUGACCUGUGCCUCACCCAACAUGGAGUUGUUUUUUCUUUCUUUUUCUCUCUCUCUCUUUGGUCUUCUACCUGAGAUCAAUAUCUGAAACUCUCCUUGCUAUAUUAAUAAUAAUAAUAAUAUUAGUAACAACAUCAACAACAACAAUAAUAAUGAUUAGGUAAAAAAUAAGUAAAUAAAUAAAUAAAAAAAAAAUAUAUAGAUAGACAAAUAGAAAUGGAUGUAUUAUCUGAAUAGAUUAUGAACUGGUAACUACAAAUCUAAGAGAUAGUCGCUGUGUGUGUGUGUGUGUGUGUGUGUGUGAGAGAGAGAGUAAGUGAGGUGUUGGCCAUUAUCAACACGGUACUACAAACGGCGCCAUGCUGCAAUUGUGAACACUGCUUGCAUCAUCAUCAUCACUACCACCAUGGCGAUGACCAUUAUCACCACCAUCACCAUAGCUGCUGCUGCCACUGCUAGCACUGGCACCACCACCACUACUACUACUGCCACCAAUACCACUAACAUGACCACAAAAACUCCACUAAUAGUGAUCACUUUGGAUUUCAUCUUCCGUCAACAAAGUCAACCAAAAGCCCAACCAUAGACGAUUAUUUGUUUGUUUUUUUUUUUCUUUAGGAAAUAUUUGACACUCUUCCUGAACGUGGGUCACCCCCCCUCCCCCGUCCUCCAUUUCUCUCUAAAUAUUUUAAUUUUUUUUCUU